AUGACUCUUGCACCUUACGAUCGACGAUCAAAGAACUUGAGAAGUUUUGACGAAGGAAUAAAGAACUGUUACACCCUGCCAAAACCUAGCCAAGGCAAAGACGAUAAGUACCUGUUAAGAGGUUCCUUCAUGUAUGGGAAUUACGACGGCAAAAAUGAGAUUCCGAAAUUUGACCUGUAUCUUGGUGUUAAUUUCUGGGUGACGGUGGAGCUGGAGAAGGUACUGUCGUACUUCUAUGAAGAGAUUAUAUUUGUUCCGGCGACGGAUUUGAUAUAUGUGUGCCUUGUAAACACUGGUUCUGGAAUUCCGUUCAUAUCUGCGUUGGAACUGAGGCUGUUGGACAAUCCCAUUUAUGCUGAUAUGGUGAUGAUGAGUACCUCUGGGAACUUGGAAGUAGAUGUUGCAACAAAUGAUGAUUACAUCACAAAGGCCUUCAUAGCAGAUGGUGAUAUUCAGCAUGCACAAACCAGAAGGAAACUAAUAUUCAACAACUCCGGUUUCAUAAGCAUAGACUGUGGUGAGUCAGAAGAUUACACCGAUCCAUCCAGCGGUAUAUUUUACCAGACAGAUGCAGAAUUCAUUGGUACCGGAAAAAACAAGCCGAUAUCGUCAGAAUCAAUGACUCUUGCACCUUACGAUCGACGAUCAAAGAACUUGAGAAGUUUUGACGAAGGAAUAAAGAACUGUUACACCCUGCCAAAACCUAGCCAAGGCAAAGACGAUAAGUACCUGUUAAGAGGUUCCUUCAUGUAUGGGAAUUACGACGGCAAAAAUGAGAUUCCGAAAUUUGACCUGUAUCUUGGUGUUAAUUUCUGGGUGACGGUGGAGCUGGAGAAGGUACUGUCGUACUUCUAUGAAGAGAUUAUAUUUGUUCCGGCGACGGAUUUGAUAUAUGUGUGCCUUGUAAACACUGGUUCUGGAAUUCCGUUCAUAUCUGCGUUGGAACUGAGGCUGUUGGACAAUCCCAUUUAUGCUGAGUUGGGACCGAGUCUACAAACCGCACACCGAUAUGAUGUUGGAUCUAACCAGUCAGUCAGGUGA